AGAGAGAGAGAGAGAUGAGAGCUGGCUGGUGAAUAUUGGCUGGUAUAGCAGAAAGAGGAGGGGUCUGCUGUAAAGCUGUAAUGGGCUCCAGCUUGUGCAGUGGUGCCGAUCCUCACGCUUCCUCCAAGCCAGCAGCUUUUCCUCUCAUUGCAGACGCACAUGUACACACGCUGGGCUGGCGGUGAUCCAGAACAGCCUUCAGUCAUUUGCAAACGUAUUUUUAGAUUCACCGUAUCACUGAAUGACUCUUUUUUUUUGGAGACGUACGGCACCGGUUCAUUCAUCUUCAAACGCUCAAGCAAGCUGGAUUACAUCCAAAAUCUCCAGGCACGAGGAGCAGAAACAGGGCAGUGGACUAAUAUGCACUUUUUUAUCCUGAGGCAGAACCGGCAUCCAGUUCAUCCCCUGCUGAAGAUCAGAUACUUCCAGACUCAAUCAUCCUUCCGUCAUUCUGUCCUUCUAGACGGAUUUGGAGAAGGACGUCUGUUGAGGGAGAGAGAGGCUGUUUCUGACAGGAUCUGACAGGUGCACUUGCUUAUUCAUUCUCUGCCAUGAACACACAGCUGGAAAUCCAGAAAGAAAGGAAGAGGGCAGGUUUGAUGUGAUCUGUGAGCGACAGACUCUUAUCUGCAAAGUGAGCACAAAUGAGAGGUGGGAUUACAUCCCCACUUUAUAGAGAUGAUGACACAGUCAUAGAUAAAUACAUAGAGGUGUCAAAUACAGCACAGUGUGGAGGAGGAAUGUGAAAUUAGGCAUGCUAUAGUGAAGGCUAAUGGAUGGCUAAAGGCAUCCGCAUUGUAAUUGCGAGAAUGCUUUAUUGCAGGGGAUGGAAAUACUCAACAAGUCAAUACUGCAACACAUUUGAAAGCGCUUCAAAUAGCAUGACAUGUUGCUGUAUGUAAAUGAAGUGAACGGGCUCUCUAAUAAUAGAAGCAGAGUGCGAAGGAAGAGCUCUCUCGGGGGAAUACGGAGUGGCGGGAAGUAAACAUUUGUUUAUUGCAUCUUUUAUUUAAUAAUUCAUGUCUCCGUCUACGAACUUCAGCGGAGGCACCAGGGAGUUUACAUUGAGCAGAUCUUCGCUUUGAUUAUACUGUUCAGAUAUCUGCAAAUUUAAUCCUGUCACAUUGUAAAGGGGCUCGCUGCUCGUUUCGAGACUUCGAGGAUAUGAAAUACUAUGUGUCUAAUGUAAUAUUAUCCCAUUUACGUCAUCUUAAUUCAGAAGUUUCCAAGCCGGUACCCUGAACUAGCUUCAUUGGGUGUGAAUUUAACACACAGACAUCAGAAGCUUAGCUCAUCAGCGAUCAAACCUUGACUUUGUCACGGCUGGAUGCCGCAGCAUCUCUGAUCCCGUAUCCCGGGUUGGACCUCAAUUAAAACAGCAGCCGGAGCCUGAAUGAGGGAAGCUGACAACGAAAAGAACAUCAAAAGCCCUUUCAUGGAGUGCAGAGUCUUAACCUCUGAUCUCAGGAAGGGAUUACUGUAAUUGGACAGCAGGGAUCGACACCUACGUCGGAGAAUAAGGAAGCGGAGAGCAUCGAGGAAUCGAACGAACCCUCUCAGAAAACUAUAGUCAGGAUGGGCUGCAACAUGUGUGUUGUGAACAGGCCGGAGGAGCAGUACCGGAUCAUGUUUCAGAAGGGAAACACUCUGCGUCCCAUUGAUGCUGAAGUAAAGCUGAAAGGGAGAAGAACAUCUCACCUGUCCCAGGACAAGGAUGGCCAGCCUCAUGAUCCUCUGCUGCUUCAGGUGGUGCGGAAGGGGCACAGGAGGAGGCUGGGUGCUGCCGCCGGCCAGGCUCGACUCAUGGCCAUCACAGACUGUGUGGACAACGGCACACAGACCGACAUCAGCUUCCAGAACUUCCUGAAUGGGGACAGAGGGUCUUAUUUAAGCAGUGGAUCACCAAAGCCUCCACACUCCCCACUUCUUGCCCUGCUGGUGGAGCCGUACCUGCUGAAUGAGCUUGGUUCUCUGGGGCAGGAGUAUAGCGAUACAAACGACUACUUCAGUGUGACCAACCAUGAGGCGGAUCAACAAGAAGAGCUGGAAUAUGAGGAGGUGGAGCUCUAUAAGUCGAGUCAGCAAGAUAAACUGGGGCUAACAGUCUGUUACCGAACGGACGAUGAGGAAGACCAAGGCAUCUAUGUUGGGGAGGUGAAUCCAAACAGCAUAGCAGCAAAAGAUGGAAGAAUCAGGAAGGGGGAUCGGAUAUUACAGAUCAAUGGAAUAGAAGUCCAAAACCGAGAGGAAGCAGUGGCCAUCCUGACUCGUGAAGACAGUACCAACUUCUCUUUACUGCUGGCCAGACCAGAGAUAGAGACUGACACUCAUUUGGACCCAGAAGAGCUUGAUUGUGAGUUACCUGUAGGGAUGAGUGUGGACACCCUUAAUACCGCCAAUCUGCCCGGCCUGUACCAUUUCCGCCAACAGAGACUCCAGGCAGGCAUUCCUGAGGAAGCUUUACAUCGAGAGACACCCAUGCUCAGCCUAGCAACCCUCAACAACAGUCAAGAGCUUGAUAGUGGUGUUGGCCGAACAGAUGAAAGCACAAAGAAUGAAGAGUCCUCUGAGCAUGACAUCCUUCUGGGUGAUGAGCAGACCAGCGCAACCAACACUAAUGCCACCAACACGCCUGGUAGCUUGCGCAAAUUUAGACCUGGCAGAGGUGGUGGAGGAGGAAGCGAGACACCAUCUCCUUUGUUUCCUCUCCGAGAGCUCCACCUCAGCACGGACUCGCUGGACUGUGGAAGUGUGGGUGGAGGGUACCUUCAUGAUCCUGUCAGCGGGAUGGUGAUGCCAGGCCUGACAGAGGAGGAAUGUGAGAGGUACAAGCAGCUUCUGGAAAUCAAGUGUCGUUACGAGAAGAGGAUUAAGAAAGUGCAGCAGGUUCAAGAAGAGCAGCAGAAAGAUGGAGAGAGACAAGGGCAAGAUGAGAAUAGGGAGGAGGAAGGAACUCUGGAUGAGAACAGUAAUGAGAACCUGACUCCACACGAGAUGGCACUUCUCGAAGAGGAAAUGAGGCACCUUGAGUUUAAGUGCAGGAACAUUCUACGAGCACAGAAGAUGCAGCAGCUAAGAGAGCGCUGUUUGAAAGCCUGGCUGAUGGAGGAAGAAACAUCUGGCCGUGUGUCAGCAGAACCUCAGGGGUCUCCGUUGCAUGAGUUAUCUGAUAUUAAUGAACUUCCUGAGAAAGAACGAUCAGACAAGGACAGCACCAGUGCUUACAACACUGGGGGAGAGAGCUCCAGGAGCCCACCUAUGGUGAGUGAACAUCGACUUCCAGUUUCUCAGCAAGACGAGUCCACAAGUCCUCUGCCAAGCAGACACAGGGAUCGGCCCAUGUGGAGCGAAAGGGGACGAGCAAGCCUUAACAGCACCUAUUCACCAAGCAGCUACAAGAAGUUUCAGACUAUCACCCCUAUGAAUCAGAAGUUCUGUUCACUCUCAAGAGAAGGAACUGUUCGUCGAAUGCCUGAUGGGAUGGCGCAGAACAGCAGUUCUAGGGUAAACAACCAUACCAGGAAUGGUGGUCGUAGUGCAGAGUCAAGUCCUUACUUCACUCGACGUCGUCAUUCCAAUUGCUUCACUCCAGAACGCUACCAGAGUUGCAUGCAUCUUGGAUCCUCUCAUUCUGAAAGCUCUGGACCUUUAGAUAGAGCUGUGGAAGGAGAAAGUGAGGCACCAAUUGGGGGCAGUGACCAAGAGGGACAUUGUGAAAAAACCUUGGGGUCAUUACCUCAUCCCAGUCCAGUGAAGCUUUCUCUGGCUUUACCUUUGCCACUUUCCCCUGCCUCACCACGCAUGGAGUGGAAGGUCAAGAUAAGGAGCGAUGGGACUCGAUAUGUGGCCAAACGUCCAGUCCGAGACCGGCUUUUGAAGGCCCGAGCUAUGAAGAUCCGUGAGGAGCGUAGUGGAAUGACAACUGAUGAUGAUGCAGUGAGUGAAAUGAAGAUGGGACGUUACUGGAGCAAGGAAGAGCGCAAGCAACAGCUGCUGAAAGCCAGAGAGCAGCGCAGACGCAGAGAGUUCAUGAUCCAGAGUCGCUUGGAUUAUUUGCGAGAUCACGGUCUGGAUGUGGGCAAGGACAGCCAGUCAGAAUCAGGUCAGAACUCAGCCUCAAUUUUAGAGCUCAGUCAGAAAAAGAGCUCCAAGAAGCGCAACCGACGCAUACUGGACAACUGGAUCACCAUCCAAGAGCUUUUAGCUCAUGGCUCUCGUUCACCAGAUGGGACAAAAGUGUACAACCCUCUUUUGUCUGUUACCACAGUCUGAAAUUAAAAGAUGCUAAGGACAAAAGGGAAUUAAAUAUCUUCUUACUUUGUAGAACUGUUUCAGGGUUCAUCUGUCCACUUUAUUAUGGCUGCACAAAGUCUAGCGUCUACCACGCCGUUUAAUGUUACUCCUUUUUUAAUGAGUACUUAAAAUGUAAAUAUCUGAAAAAGCCUAAAACAGGACCUUUAUUUGAGAAGCAACAUUGGAGAAGGUUAAAAUUAAUUUAAACUGAAACUGUUCAAUUGUUCUUAAAAUGUUUAUACUCAAACUAAUAUAAAUGAUGAAUUCACUGAAGUUUAAUUUCUUAUGCUUAAAGUAAAUGUAACCUUCAUAUAAAAUGCUUGGUUGGAUUUUCUUGAUUAAUGAAUGUCACGUCAUAUUACUUUUUAAAGUGGCAUUACUGACACUUCUCGGGGUCAAGCAUCUGCUUUUGAGCAUUUCUACUUAACACAUAUGGCUGAGUGACAGAGGCACUCUUACAGAUUAUGAAUGUUGACUGAAUGGACUCACAAGCACAAUGCACACAUUACAAAUGUGGACUUACAGCAGGACAAUUGUUAAGUCAUUUUUUGCAAGUAAACACAAUGGAAUUCAUACAAUAACUUCCUCGCAAUGGCACAAAAGACAAAAAUUCAAUUUCUUAACUGCUGAAUUUUUGGUUCCCAUGGAAGAUAAUGGGUGGAUGGAAUAAUAAGACAGCAACAUCAUCAUAUAAGUGCUUGACCUGUGCAGACACAAUCAUGGUAAACUUUCCUACAGAGGUGUGGUGCUGAACAUUUGUACUGUUUGUUGACGAUGGUCUGUUUACAUAUUUCUUCUGUACUGUUCAUGAUAACCCAAAUAUGACAAAAGCACAAUGUAAUCCACAUUAUGCUUUUUUUAAUUUCGAAUGUAAGAUAAUUCUUAUCAAUGCCCCAAGUCAUCAUCAUGAAGAUAUUUUCACAACCCUAUGUGGCCUAAUGCGAAUACAUACUGAUCACCAGCAAAAGGGAAAGCACAAACACUCUGGAAUCCUAUGAAAUAUAACCAGCUUAAAGAGUAAACAGAUUGUACACUUUAAUAUACUGUUAUUAGGAACAUUUAACCUGAAGUGGUUAACACAACAGAGUAGUGAAUACUCUAAAACUGUUCACAAAGGAAUGAUAUACAAAUUUGUCAGCAUAUUUGUAAGUGUUCAAAACCGUUUGAAGAUUUUGUAGAAAUCGGCCUUAAGACCCAGCAGGCACACAACAUCAUAUGACGUUUUAACAUUAGGUUCGAUUUAGGUCAUGACCAAAGUCAAGGUCAAGGUGACCAAAAUUCAAUGUCUGGCCAGCGUCUUAGGACAACGUCAUUUUGACGUCCAAUAAUGACGUUGAUAUUUGGUUGAUUUUAGGUUGGACAUUAACGUUGGGUUCUGAUGUCAACCUGAUUUUCAUUUCCAAACAAAAUCCAACGUCCCCACAACGUUGGGAUGCAACGUCAAUAAGACAUGCUGUUAAGAUUCUGUGCCUGCGGGGGAGUUUUAGCCAGUUUUAAAAUUCGAGACAACUGUUUAGCAAAAUUAAUUUUGCAUGACUUUGCCUAAAAUGUACACACCAGAAGCACACAAAUAACUUCCGUUUCUCAGUUUACAAAUGUAUGUGACCAGAGGACUUUAUCCAGAUCAUUUGUCAUUUCUGUCUUGAUGUUAGAUACAAAUGUAGAAAUCUGCAGUUAUACUCAUAUGGUACCUGUUGAUCGAUAUCAAUAGUCCUAAUUAUACUAUGUGUAAUGUGCAUUAGUUCUUGAGUGAUUAUUUCAAUGCAUUACUGAGAUAAUAUAAAAAUACUCCAUUUUAGACAAAUAAAACCAUUUUGUAUGCUUAA